AUGCCAUUCCAAACUAGAAAGCAGAAAAAGGAUGGAAGAAAGAGAACAUAUUCGGUGGUUUCCAACCUUUCCACAAAUUCACAGGCUGGUCCUGUUGCGAGCCCUAAAACUGUCGAGAACAGUUCAUCUUCACAGGUUGGGUCAAAACAAGCCCUAAAUCCGCCUGCCGUUCCAGAGAAACCACAGAAACCAGAACCAGCCAAGGUGCCUAAUGUGUUUGAGUUCUUGGAAGAAAAUGAUGAAUCAUCUUCAAACUCAUCAUCCGAGUCAUCGUCGGACUCUGAAUCCGACGAGGAAUCAGAGCCUCCACGCUCCAUACAAACAACCAAGAUCCAAUCUCCCAAGCCACGCGCAAAUACCGUGCCGCACCGAGUAUUGGCACCAGGAGGCAACACACCGAAAAAGGCUACCCUAUCACCAGUGGCAUCCAGCUCAAAUGAACCAAAGCCCGCACCACCCGCACCUUCAGCAGGCAACCAGUUAGUCACGCGAAAGAAACAGCCAACUAGAAAGCCAAGCCCAAUCUCGACUACAGACAUCUCUCCAAAAGGCCUGGAAUUAUCCCGACCACAAACCUAUAGCUCAAGAGACAAUGGUGCAGUCCACAGACCACCACUUCCCCCAUCACCCCCAAGAAGUCCAGAAGAUAGUCUCCACCGCACCACAACAAAAAGACGAGACUCCAAUGCAUCACCAGAGCUAUCAGGAUACGGUCUCCUAGCAUCCCACCUAACCAAAUCCGCCUCAGAAGAAACCAGAGGCUUCCCCCCACUAUACCGCCGCUUCGAGACAAUCAACCACCGCGUCCUACUGCACCUCCAAGACGAGAUCUCCCAAAUGGAAGAAGAUCUCCACAUACUAGACGAAUAUGAAGAAAUGCACCGACUCAGCGCAGCAGAGCAAGGCACAAAGCCUUUACCCGCUUCACGCCGUCGAGACGCCCAAUCCCAGGCCUACUCAUCCCUGCAUUACCGCCGCAUGGAUCUCAUGAGUGCCUUGAUCCAGAAAACAGAACAAUACAGUACGUCCUCCAUCCACAUCCUCCCAAACAAGCUAACAACCCCAGACAACGCCCUAAGCGCCUACAGCAAAGUCCUCCAGACUCUCCCGCGCGCCUCAGAACAAGACAUCACAGGCUAUCGCAGCUGGAUGAGAGACAACAAACCCGUCGCUGGCGUUGAAACGCGAUUUCUAAUCCACGACGCGGAUCUAGUCUCGCUUACACCGCGUCUAGCAGCUUCAGCUGCCGCAGCACCGGUCUACAUCGCUAUCAUCAUUGCAUCCGGUGCGCUCCUGCUGCCGUUAUUGGCGUUCAGUCUUAUAGCGGAGUUUUCUGGUCGUCUUGUUGUUGUGACUGUUGUUGGUGGAGCGGCGGCGGCUAUUGCGGCGAAUUACUCGGCUGGGAUUGAUGCUUUGGUUGAUUCGAGGGAUGGAUGGCGUUGUGCUACGAUAUACUUCGGGUUCAUGACUUUGGCUGCUAUGUUUAUUCCAUAG